GCAGAGGUUGGGAUGCUCUUGUUGAAUGUCUGGCUCUGAACUCAAGAGGAGGCCAGAGAGGCUGGGCAGGAAGGAGGUGAAUCUCUGGGGCCAGGAAGACCCCACUGCCCGGAAAAGCCUCAUGUUCCGUGGGGGUUGGGUGGACGUACAUAUACAGGCUCCAGGCUGAACGGCUCGGGCCACUCGCACACGGAUGCCCAAUAACCAUGCUGGCUGCCACCGUCUUGACCCUGGCCCUGCUGGGCAAUGCCCACGCCUGCUCCAAAGGCACCUCGUGUGAGGCAGGCAUCGUGUGCCGCAUCUCCAAGCCCGCCCUCUUGGUGUUGAACCAGGAGACUGCCAAGGUGAUCCAGACUGCCUUCCAGCGAGUCAACUACCCAAAUAUCACGGGUGAGAAGGCCAUGAUGCUCCUUGGCCGAGUGAAGUAUGGGUUGUACAACAUCCAGAUCAGCCAUUUGUCCAUUGCCAGCAGCCAGGUGGAGCUGGUGGAAGCCAAGUCCGUUGAUGUCUCCAUUCAGAAUGUGUCUGUGGUCUUCAAUGGGACCCUGAAAUAUGGCUACACUGCUGCCUGGGGGUUGGGCAUUGAUCAGUCCAUUGACUUUGAGAUCGACUCCGCCAUUGACCUCCAGAUCAACACACAACUGACCUGCGACUCUGGUAGAGUGCGGACCAAUGCCCCCGACUGCCACCUGUCUUUCCAUAAGCUCCUCCUGCAUCUCCAAGGAGAGCGAGAGCCUGGAUGGAUCAAGCAGCUAUUCACAAACUUCAUCUCCUACACCCUGAAGCUGAUCCUGAAGGGACAGGUCUGCAAAGAGAUCAACGUCAUCUCCAACAUCAUGGCUGAUUUUGUCCAGACAAGGGCUGCCAGCAUCCUUUCAGAUGGUGACAUCGGGGUGGACAUUUCCCUGACAGGUGAUCCCAUCAUCACAGCCUCCUACCUGGAGUCCCAUCACAAGGGUCAUUUCAUCUACAAGAAUGUCUCGGAGGACCUCCCCCUCCCCACCUUCUCGCCCACACUGCUGGGGGAUUCCCGCAUGCUGUACUUCUGGUUCUCUGAGCAAGUCUUCCACUCCCUGGCCAAGGUAGCUUUCCAGAGUGGCCGCCUCACACUCAGCCUGAUGGGAGAGGAGUUCAAGGAAGUGCUGGAGACCUGGGGCUUCAACACCAACCAGGAAAUCUUCCAGGAGGCAGGGACGAUGGGCCCCUGUCCUGGACACGGGAACCCUGUCUUUCAGCUUGUCGGCAGCCUCCCCAACCAGGCCCAAGUCACUGUCCACUGCCUCAAGGUGCCCAAGAUCUCCUGCCUAAACAAGGGCGUCGUAGUCAGUUCUUCAGUGAUGGUGGAAUUCCUCUUUCCACACCCAGACCAGCAACAUUUUGUAGCUUACACCUUUGAAGAGGAUAUCAUAACUACCGUCCAGGCCUCCUAUUCCAAGAAAAAGCUCUUCUUAAGCCUCUUGGAUUUCCAGAUUACACCAAAGACUGUUUCCAAUUUGACUGAGAGCAGCUCCGAGUCCAUCCAGACCUUCCUGCAGUCAAUGAUCGACACUGUGGGCAUCCCUGAGGUCAUGUCUCGGCUCGAGGCAGUGUUCACAGCCUUCAUGAACAGCAAAGGCCUGAGCCUCUUCGACAUCAUCGACCCUGAGAUUACCCCUCAGGAUGGCUUCCUGCUGCUGCAGAUGGAUUUCGGCUUCCCUGAGCACCUGCUGGUGGAUUUCCUCCAGAGCUUGAGCUAGAAGUUCCAAGGAGGUGGGGGUGAGGCUUGAACCAGAAGGCCGCCAGGCUCACAGCUGGAGCCCUGGUGUCUCCUCCAUCACGGUGGGUCAGGGUGGGAGCACGGAGAUAGAGAUUGGCUCCCACCCCCUCCCUGUCCUAAAGGCCCACUGGCAUUAAAAUGCUGUAUCCAAGA